AGCGUACUUCGUUUUCCUCUUUGCAGUAGUUCGUCAUAUGAUUAAAAGGCUGGCAGAAAAUUGAAAAAUGUUACCAAAAGUAGUAGUUUUUUCGCUGUUUAUUGCAGCAAUUCAUGCUACUGGCGAGUUCACAGUGCUGAACAGCCCCAAGGCGAUUAGUUUCAAGGGCAAUUCUCCAUUGAACAGUCGGUAUGUCGGUGACGUUCUGUAUGCUGCCAUGGGAAAUGCUAUUGUGGGCGACUCUGACUGGAGCGGUCUAACCAUCAACGAUCCCUUCAAUCUAGCAAAGGGUGUGAUUGCUAUUCAUGUGGAUGGCAUAAGCCACAUCACAACUGCUGGUAAUGCCAAGACCUACGAGCUGUAUGGCUCAAAUACUGGACAUUCGCUAAACUCACUGGCCGCCGAGCUGGAAGCAAUCAAUGAGCCUCUGUGUGACAUAAACUUUGAGCAGCACGAUGAGGGCGUACAAGCAUUCAAGUCUUGCUUUGGUGAUUUCGAGACAGUUACUGCCAAGCCUACUAAGCACUUGAACCCCGAGUUACAUAGUUCCGACAAGCAGUUCCUGAAAGAAGUUGGUUUCAUUAACGCCGCUUCCGAAAACUUGGCUGAGAUGCUCAAACCGUCGAAUAUACUGCUUAUUCGACUUUCUGUUGAGGGCAUCGCCAAAGCGCAUGGUGAGAAGUCCAUUGCUAUGGAUGAGGCCAACAAACUGCUUUCAACUGCCAUUGGUCGUCUGUUGGCUGCAGCUCAAAAGUCCAGCGACUCUGUGCUCUUUGUUCAGUCCACUGACAAGGAUGCAGCCAAUGCCCGUUCAAAGCGUGAAGCAGUGGACCCAAACAAAAAGAAUACCUUCAACCUGGCUGAAUACUACAACGAUGACUAUCCCAUUAUUUUCAACAUUAUUUUGUGGUUCAUGGUUGUCUUUGCUCUGUCUCUUUUGGCUAUCUGCUAUGCCAUCGCCGUCAUGGAUCCUGGUCGAGAUUCCAUCAUUUACCGUAUGACAUCCACCAGGAUGAAGAAGGAUAACUAAGCGCUUAAUUAAAUGCUUAGAAGCCGCACAAUAGCGAUGUGCUAAUAACCCACAACAUCAUUGUUAUCUCGCCCCUUGUUUCUAGCUAAAGCACCAACAAAAAGAAAAACUGUUCUAUUUUAAUUUGAAAGAGUAUAAUUGUGUGUGCGUGUGUGAACAGUAUGCAGUUGGUUGUAAUGAAUAACACCCUUAAGCUAUUCAUAAGUAUUAAAAGCUUAUAAUUUGCAAUGCAGUUCUAGAAUUCCAUUAUCAACUAUAAUAAUUUGUUACAUUUUUUUG